GUUGCUUGCUGCAUGCUUACCAAUAACAACAUAGACUAUUUGGAUUGAAAUGGCCUUCUUCCUAGUGUGCGCAUGCUCCUUUCUGUCCAUCCUCUUGUCUUUCUACGUGUUCCAACUGCUUCCCGACAUCCGGCGCCGCCUGCCACCCGGACCAAGGUCGCUUCCGGUCAUCGGCAACCUCCUGGAUGUUGCAAAUAGUCUCCCGCACCGCUCCCUCGCGCACCUCGCCCAACGGUACGGCCCGCUCAUGACGCUCCGGCUGGGCACGGUGGUCAUGAUCGUCGCCUCCUCCGCGACCACCGCCCGCGAGAUCCUCCAGACGCACAACGCCACGCUCGCCGGCCGCAACCCGCCGGACGCAUGGCACGCCAUGGGGCACGCCGCCAACUCCGUGUUCGUCCUCCCGCCGCGCCACAAGUGGCGCGCGCUGCGCAGGAUCGGCACGGAGCGGCUCCUCUCGCCCAGGCGGCUCGACGGGGACGUGCUCCGUCCGCUGCUGCGGGAAGCCAUCCUCGGAAUGCUCCAUCAAGUGUUGGACCUCGCGGCGUCCGGCGGGACGGUGGAGGUCGGCCGCGCGGCGUUCGCGGCGAUGGCGGACCUGCAGUGGCGCGCCAUGUUCUCGUCCGGGCUCGACGAGGCGACGUCCGGCGAGAUGCACGUGUUCGCGCGGGAGGCCGUGGCGUUCUCCCUCAAGCCCAACGUCUCCGACUUCUUCCCGGCGCUCGCGGCCGCCGACCUCCAGAGCGUGCGGCGCGUCUUCACGAGGCACCUGGCGAGGGUUUACCAGCUCAUCGACCAACAGAUUGAUCAGCGCAGGCAUGACCGGGAAGCUGCAGGAGGCGGCGGUGCGCGUAAGGACGACCUGCUGGACGCGAUGCUCGACAUGGAGGAGCAAGGGAAGGACGACGUCGACGACAGCUUGGUGAACGUCAACCGGGAUUUUAUCAGGUCAUUUCUCACGGACAUAUUUCUUGCAGCCAUCGACACAAUCUCGAGUACAGUUGAGUGGGCAAUGGCUGAAUUACUACAAGAUCAACGAAUUAUGACAACACUUCAACAAGAACUCAAAAUGGUCCUUGGCUCAAAGACACACGUUGAAUACUCCGACAUCAACCAGCUUCCCUACCUCCAAGCAGUUGUGAAAGAAACACUUCGUGUGCACGCGGUUGUGCCACUGGUACCAAACAAGGCCGAGGCCACGGUGGAGAUACAAGGCUACACCAUCCCCAAAGGGAGCACUGUUUUGGUGAACUUGUGGGCGAUCCAUCAUGACCCUGAGGUAUGGACGGAGCCGGACAAGUUCCUCCCGGAGAGGUUCAUGCAGCACGAGGACAUCAAUUUCCAAGGGGCAGACUUCAGGUUCAUCCCGUUCAGCGCCGGGAGGCGCAUCUGCCUCGGCUUGCCGCUCGCGACCAGGAUGCUUCACGCCAUGCUCGGCUCGCUGUUGCAUCGUUUUGAAUGGACACUGCCACUUGAUGUCAAGGAAAAUGGUGUGGAUAUGUCGGAGAAGCUUGGGUUGACGAUGACGAUGGCUACUCCCCUCCAAGUUAUAGCCAAGCCAAGAUAAGAUAAUGGCAUGGUCGUGGGAUGUUUCUUCUGCACAAGGUGCACGUAUGUUGUAUUGUUGUGCAUAUUUGUAUUGUUGUGCAUACGAACUUGCAAAGUAAGCCAAUAAAAGUGAUGUGAAAUAUGAAAUAUAAUGUUGUGUACUGCGGUAUAAAUUAUUAUAUGUUUUCGUAAUGUAACGUAAUUGAUGAGGUUUUUUAUGA